AUGCAGAACCUCCUCGAGAUCCUGGACGCUGAUGCGGCGGCGGAGCGCCGCCUCGAGCGCCUCUCCGUCGUCGUCCGCACCGUGAUGAAGUGUUCUCACCUGGAGAAGCUCGUGACACUAGCCAACAAGUUCGGCGUCAACGACCUCCACAUCGAGCUGCACAACCCGACAAUUGCAGGAAAAGCCAGGAUGCGCUUCAAGGAUGCCGAGCCGUUCGGCCAGCUCGCGGAAAUCUCCUUCCACUCCGUCACCAUCGCGAGUGAUACUUUCAGAAAAGCGAUCGCGCGCUGCCCCAGCCUCCGCGCUCUGGACCUUCGCCGUUGCCGUUUGCUCGACGUCAUCGCCAUCCUGCCAGGAGUUGCGACGAACCUGAGGUGCCACAAACUCGAGAGGGUGGACGUCGUUAGUUUUCCAUCCCACCUCUCCGUCACGAUGACCAUGGCGCGGCUGGUGAGCACCCCGCGGCGCACGACCGCCCACGCCAGGUCGAACCGCCGGGCCUUCCCCGUGGCCCAUAUGGCCAGGUGCCACGCCUCGGCCGGCCGCAGGGGCCCCGCGCACUCCCCGGAGGAGCCGGCGCACUCCUCCCCCCCACCGGAGCGCGAGCGUCACCGCGUCAGGGUCACGGUGGAGCUCCCAGAGCGCGCGGACAAGGAGAGGCGGCGGAGGAAGGCGGUGAGCUCGCCGGCCGGUGCGCCGGGUGGCCGCACGCGCGCGCUGCCCUGGCCGCCGGCUGGCCGCACGAGCGCACCGGCCCGUCGGGUGGCGCACGGGAGGGAGGAGGAGGAUUCCGCGGCGGUCCGGGGGCGGCGACGGUCCGGCGAGGCGGGGUCCGCCGGAUCUGGCCGUUCCGGGUGGCUAGGGUUUACUGGGAGGUGCGCACGGGAGGGAGUACUACGGGAGGAGGAGGAGGAGAGGCUGGGCAGCGUUAGUAAUUUCCCUAGGGUAAAAGACUCCGUUGGUGUAAGCAGCCUCCGCUCCGUCUUCUACAGCGGGCACUUCCUCUCGUCCUUCUACCUGCCGCGCACGAUCGACGCCUUGUUCACUGACCUUUACAUCUGCUACUAUGGCUCGAUAGUUUCCCAGGUGUUCGACAAAUGGUCUCAAAAAGCCCUUCCGAAGCUAUCCAACCUCUCCAACCUCACCAUCUGCAACAAUUCCCUCCAGAUUGUGUCGAGCUUGUGUAAAGCUGGACAAACUUCCAAGUUAGCGUGGCUUGGCAGUUUUCAGCAUUUGACAGAGUUGCAGUUGCUCGUGUUAGAAAUGACGGCCUCGAACCUUGCUAACAUUUUCGCGUUCCUCCAGCACGUCCCCUGCCCAAAUCUCCGCAAGUUCUUUCUGCAGCUCCCAAGAAUCAGGGAUUCAGAUCAACAAGCUUCCCUUGGAUUGGUGAACGAAGAGAUGCCGGAGGAUGGCUUGGAUAAUCUUAGGGUGGUAAGAAUCAUGAACUUUAACUUGACCUCCAUUGAUACGCAGUUUGUGAGUUUUUUGUUGGGGAAAGCUAGAAACAUCAGUAAACUGCAACUUGUUUGUCCCAAUAACAAUAAGAGGCCGUUGGGUGUGCUUGGCCCUGAUCCCAUCUUCGAUCUAAAAUCUAGCGAGUCUGGCGAUCUUUCAACCCGGCCGUGCCAUUCAGAGGUCUUGUUCGACUUUUAGUUAAUCAGUCAGCAGUCAGAGCAAUGGCCCUGUAACUUGUAACGCCAGAGAAACUGGACAUGUCAAUCAACAGUACAGAAAUCGCACCCUUAGCUUAGUUUUCUCCAGUUCUACUGUCACCAGAGAAAUUGAAAUGCAUAGUAUCCAAUGCAUUAUGCCUGAUUGCUUUGUUUUUGUGUUGCCGUUCGCAUCAUAUAAUUCUCUUAUAUCUGAAAUGGUAUCUCUAUGAAAUUGAA